CAUCUCUCACUCUGCGUCAUACACCUAUCCCGGAAACCAUUCAAAAGGACGUCGACCUGAGCAACUUCAGAUUGUCAUUGCAAAAGAACUGUCAUCCAACAAGCCGUUCUACCCUACUACCUGCAAGUUUCCAUCCGUUCAGAUUCGGAAGGCAUUCAAGUCCCUCAUUUCGUGCGCUCUCUUGUGCAGAUAACCAGCAAUCAUGGGUCAAUCACCAUCUCAAUUCAUGGAGGACAUGGAGAGGAAGUCCAACUUCAAUGCGAGCGAGUUGGAACGUCUGAAGAAGCGAUUCAUGAAGCUCGACAGUGAUGGCUCGGGAUCAAUCGACCGCGAAGAGUUUCUGCAAAUUCCGCAAAUCGCGAACAAUCCACUGGCAGGGCGGAUGAUCGCUAUUUUCGACGAAGAUGGAGGAGGAACUGUGGACUUCCAAGAGUUUGUUGGUGGGUUGAGUGCAUUUAGUAGUAGAGGAGGCCGAGAAGAGAAGUUACGAUUUGCAUUCAAGGUGUAUGACAUGGAUCGCGAUGGGUACAUCUCCAACGGGGAGCUAUUCCUUGUACUCAAAAUGAUGGUUGGCAACAACCUGAAGGACCAACAACUACAGCAGAUUGUAGACAAGACGAUCAUGGAGGCGGACAAGGACGGUGAUGGGAAGCUUAAUUUCGAGGAGUUUGCAAUGAUGGUGUCAAACACGGACAUCGUGAAGCAAAUGACUCUGGAAGAUCUCUUUUAGUAUCGUUCCUGCCGUAGAUUCCCGUUGUAUUUGUUCUGCUGUCGUCCACUCCUCGAUACCACC